AUGGCGAGACCGACCUCCGGCAGGCAAUCGACCGCCUCCCCCUCCUCCGCGCCGGCGACGGCGACCCGGACCACUACCGUGACCCUCGAGACGGCGUCGUCCAGCCAGCAGCAGGCACAGGUCACGGAUUCCCUGGUGCUGAAACUGAAGCUCCCGAAGAAGAAGGUGUCGUGGAAGGAAGGCACCGUGGAUAACGAGUUCAUGAACAAGAAGAGUUCGAAAAAAUGCUGCAUUUUCCACAAGGAAAAGCCGUUCGACGAGGACGAUUCCGACGACGAGGGCGAUUGCGAUCACAAUCACGAUCACGAUCAUAGUGAAAAAGAUGUUGUUGUUGAUGAAAAUAAACAACAAGGUGGUGAUUGA